AAUUAUGUUGUGAGUUUGCUAUCAAGUAUAAUAUACUUUUUAAAAAAGCAAUCCUAAAAUAUAAGCUAGAAUAGAUCAAUUUUAUAACCACGAUCUUUAGAAUAUGUCAGCGAAAAGAUAUACAGAGAUUUUAUCACUUUAUUAAAAUCUAUUUUUAGCUGAGGAGGGGAGUAGGGGAAACUGAGAAUUGCAGUAUGCAGAGCGAAUGAGUUGGCAGAUGGCGACCAGCAACAGAAGACAGAAGUAAAGUGAUAAACAUAUGUUGGUGUUUUCUGGGAGGAAAAACAGAAGAACCCGGGACACAUUUAAGAUUUUCGACUAUUUACAUUGGCGUAACGUGAAUAUCGAUCUUGUUAGACUGGUAUUAGAUAAAUAAGGUCUGUAGAAACAUGGGGAUAUCGACUGAUUACAUGUCUGCUAUGACGUAUAGUCGGGAUUUUUCAUUCACACGUACGGUCGCUAAAUGGAUUUUGUAAACGGAAAUGUGUGCCGUGAAUUUACUACAGUUUAAUUAUUAUGGAGGUAAGUGUGUGAAUUUCAAACACUGUCACUUUUUAAAUGUCCAUACACCUAUAGUAUCGGUCACAUGAUCCGCCUGGAGGUGAUCGUACGGGCAUGUGCUUGUAAAGGGACAGUCUUAGUCCUAAACGUAGAUACCAACGGAAUAUCUAUGUAGUUCGAUAUUGGUUAUUUGACGCAUUUAUGUUUAAGUAUAAUAAUCUUUGACCGUAGGUUUAAACUGAUAUGGCGGUUAGAAAAUUAUUACUCAUGAUAACUCAUGCAUGAUCGCUACAGCUUUAGAUUAUUACAAGCUUUUAUUUUGCCAGUGACAAGCAGGCUGACAGAAGGUUUAAACGGAGUGCUCUUGGAAUAAUGUAAAGAAAAAAGUCUUCCACGAGACGACCCCAAGGAGGGGAGGUUAUUUUUUUUUUGUUUUUGGUCAGUGUUUUAGUGUGAGAAUGGAAGAUUAAUAGUGUGGAAUACGAUGGAGUCUCCGGGAACAGCGGGGCCUAGCAAUACUCUGCUGGUCCUACAGCUGAAAUCCCUUGUAGCAUACAAGUCCAAUGAUGAGUAUCUAUACGCCAUGAAGGAAGAUCUGGCGGAGUGGUUCAUGUGUCUGUAUCAGCUCGAUAUCACUGUGGAUAAUUUUUUCGAGGUCUUGGAAACGGGAGUAAUACUCUGCGAGCACGCCAAUAAAGUGAAAGGGUAUGCAGACGAACAGAGACAGGUGGGAAGACUGGCAGUCAUUCAGUCCAACUUCGUCCGUCGUCUGGAGAUUCCUCAAUACGACGUUCCCUAUCGAAAGGAAGUGAAGCCGCAGACGUUCCACGCCCGGGACAACAUCUCCAACUUCAUCACAUGGACCAAAGAGUUGGGGAUCCCGGAUGUCCUGUCGUUUGAAACAGAUGAUCUGGUGCUCCGAAAAAAUGAGAAAAGUGUUGUGUUGUGUCUGCUGGAGAUUGCCAGAAUCGGGGCUAAGCUUGGAAUGUUGGCUCCGACCUUGGUGCAGAUGGAGGAAGAGAUUGACGCCGAAAUAGAAUCAGGGGAACCCCCUCCUCAGAUAAUUACCUGCGACAUAAAAUCUCUAGAUGAAAUGGUGAAAUGGUUGGCGGGGCGGUGUACAUGCCCCGUGCAGUUUCCCAUCACCAAGGUUGGGGAAGGAAAGUACAAAAUAGGCGAUUCUCAGACACUAGUUUUUGUCAGGAUAUUACGUAACCACGUGAUGAUCCGAGUGGGCGGUGGCUGGGACACCCUAGAACACUAUCUUGAUAAGCAUGACCCCUGUCGGUGCGGGUUUUCCGGUCAUCGGAAUACGCCAGUGCCGCAAUCACAAAGGCCUCAAGGAACCCCCACCCGCCGGGCUAGUACCCCCUCACUGUCUCAAACCCUGCCAGCAAAGUCCCCCAGAAAAAUCUCAGUUGGCCCAGUGUCUCAUUCCAUAUCAGAAGCUUCUGAAAGAGUAAAUUCACCGGCACGCAUGCGCAGCGUGUCACCUGGCCCUUCUCCAGGAAAGCUUAACACUCAAAGUGUUACUCAGAACUAUGGGACAAAACCUCCCGUCUCUCCGAUAUCUCCGACGGGCAAUGUAAAUAAUAUCAGUUUUAGUGGUCAGAGGACUAAUACAGUGAUUGCCAAUUCAAGGAGGAGCCAAUCCCCUGUCCCUGUUAGUCGUCUGCGAUCGCCGUCACCUGUGUCAGGAAUCAAUAAGGCAUUACAACCACGUGAGCAGACGACCAAAGUAACGCGUCCUGCAUCCCCAACCAAGCGAUGUCCGUCCCCGUCCCCCUCGGCUCGGAGUGCUUCCCCAGCUCCCAAACGAUGCUCAUCCCCGUCAUUUCAGCGAGCAGUGUCCAUGUCACCUGCACCAAGUAGGAGAAACAGCCAGGCCACUCUUGUCUCUAACUAUUCAAGAUCAAAAUCAAUUCCAAAUACUCCACGUGCAGAUCGCCGCCAGCUUCCUCAGCGCCCGAGCAUGGAUUCCGAGGGCAACGAUAGCGUCGGUACGGACGACACGUCUGGUUCCAACUCCAUGCAACCUUCUGUUGAUAUUAACCAAAUUAGUACAAUGACUUUGGACGAGUUUAAAAAUUUACUAAAUAGUGCGCUAUCGGUUCCCAAUGGAAAUGCGUCUGAAGGAAGCUUAGAAUCUCCAAGAUCACAGGGUAGUACCGAUAGUUCACGGAACAUAUCAUACGGUGCGCAUAGAUCUGUAAAAAAGCCGCCAAUUAGUGAAAAACCAUCCCGAUACAAGUAUACGGGGAAUGUGAGUCGUAGUUUGGAUACCAAGUCUUUCAAUGGACAGAAUAAUAAUGGAUACUUUGAGAUGGAGAAGCCAAAACGGACAAUACUGGCGUCUUCUACUGUAUCCAGACCGAAAACACCCGUUUCUAGUUCGGUGUCCAGACCCAAAACUCCGGUAAGUUCAACUGUUCAAAGACCAAAAACUCCGGUAAGUUCAACUGUUCAAAGACCAAAAACUCCAGUUAGUACUAAUACUAUUCAGAGACCCAAAACUCCAGUGAGCACUGUUCAGCGUCCAAAGACACCUCUGAGCAGUGCGUCUCGAUUAAAACCUUCUGUGAGUACUGUACAGUCUUCUGCUGCUCAAAACGUGUCGAGAUCUAAGACGCCAACCUCUUCUUACACGGUUCCUCGUCCAACUCCUCACAUUACAACAGUAAUGCAAAAUGAUGUGUCUAAUAGUACGAAACCUCAUAGAAAACUUCACGAAUCAAAGUCAGACUCUGUGCUCAGUGAGCGAGAACGUCCAGUUCAGAACGUAAAACCAAAUAUAAGUUACAUGUGUAUUGCUUCGGAGGACUCUGAACCCAAAGCUUCGCCUGCCAGUUUUAAAGGAACUGAUAUUUAUACUAUAUCGAGUGAUGAUGUAGAUUCGUCAUCUGAUUCUAAAUGUAUUCCCUCAGCGAAAAUGACCCGCAGCAUUACCGACCCGGGGCUUGAUAAAGAGACCUCGCCAGAAAAAGAAGUAUCGAAAAGUAAUAGUAAUGACUCUCUUAUUGCCAGUUUCAAUGCAUUACAAAAGUCAAUCCAGGAGCUUCGAAAUCGGGCGCAACAAGCCUGUGUAGCAGUUGAAAAUAAUAAAAAGACGGAAACAAAACCUGCAGAAUCCAUUACAAUGGAAUCUACGGAUAAAGGUGUAACACCAAGCGCAAGCAGGCCUACAAACGAAACAGUCACGAUCAAACGCCCAUCAACACCUACUGGCAGACCCUCUACUCCGUCUCUUAUUCCUAGACCAAUGACACCAGUAGGAGGUUCUGCCAAAUCACUGAGCCUGACGCAGACAAUUGAGUCAGCACAGCCGGAAAGCGCGUGUCAAGAGAGACCACCAACACCCAAGAAGGCAACCAUUCUAGCUAAAUCGCCAUCCGCGAACAAAGCUGCAGCAAACACACCGAAAAAGAACACAUCGUACACUAGCAUGUACAUGCAACGUCGAUCAACAACUCCGGGUCCAAAUGAUUUCUCGCACACAGAGAAAGAACGGAAUGAAAUUCCGCGAUCCAAAACACCAGGACCAGGAAAUAGGUCAACAAAUGACCAACCUAAGUCUUAUGUAAGUCCUAUACGAAGACUUACUCAAAACCCAAAGCAAACAUCAACGCUAACAGCUCGAGAAAUUCCGGAGUCGGACUACAACGACCCACGAGAGCGGAGAAGUGUGUCUGCUAGUCCGGCAACACCAAGGAGGUCGGUGGUAACUGGGUUAAAGCCGAAAACUCUGGUGAAACAAAAUGCUGUCGAGGAAGCUAUUUUGGUGACUGUGAAUCGCGAUAGUGGGCGACACAAAAUCAACGUGAAAGAUGGAGAGGAAACAAAAUACAAAACUAGUCGAACAAACACGGGUCGAAUCAUUGCUCGAGCAACAACACCAACAAACCAGCGAGCAUCCACUGAAAACCUAGAUCGAUCGCGUAGUGCUACAACAGAAACACCUCGGUACCGCCCAAGACCAAGAAGUGUAGAUCCCGAGAACUGGAAUCGCGGAACGAACAAAGAGGAGGAAGUGUUACAAGUGAAGAGAAAAGGGGCUGGUUCCCACGUUGUGCUUAAUAGAACAGAAGCGUGGGUGGAGUCAGCUGUCAAAACAAUUUCGGGAAAAUCAUCCACUAGAAGCAAAAAUCCUCCAGGAAUAUUACGUAGGUCAAAAACUCCUAAUCCAACUGAUCUUAACCAGUAUAACAUGGAGUCACGUCCGUUGGAUGAAAUCAAAGCGGCAUUAACUCUUCCAGUCAAUGGUCUACGGGAUAUUUCAACGGAAGAACUAGAAGCGCCACCGGAAGAUCCUGAAAUGUAUAAAACCAUGGAAAAGCUUUUCGAAAAAAUGCGUGAACGGGAGUUAAAGGCUUCUGUCAAUGAAACUCCAGGUGGAGAUUUCAUGGGAGAUAUUGAUGUAAACUGCAUGGAAAAUGAGGAUAAUUUGGGAAGUGAUGAAUUGUCUUUAGACAGUAAUGAGAAUAUAAAGAGACGAGGGAAUUUUCCUAUUGGGAAACAGAAUUCACACCAAUCUCCAGGAUCCAGUACCAAAGGAUCUGUACCUUCUACUCCAAGAUCUAAAACACCCUCAUUUUCAAAAUCUAGUUCGUCAUAUCAGCCAAUUAACAGGCCUGUUUCAACUCCACCUCGACCAAGCACUCCAACACGUUCAUCUGUUAAUUCUUCCAGAAGAUCUAGCAUGAAAUCUAGCAAUGGAUCCGUCCCUGAGUCUCCAACUACUGCCGAUGUGGAUCAUGCUGUUGUAAUUGUAUCCAAAAUUAAAGAAAUCUUGAAAACAAAUCCACGCAAAGACAACAAAGAGGGACCAAAGUCAAGAAUUCCAGCACCGAAAUCACUUAAUUCGAGUGGGAAAUCUAUGUCGUUCUCUAAUCUUUUCAGUUUGGGCAAUCAAGACAGUCCAUUUAAAAAGGAAUCUUCUCCCGUUCUCAAAAAUAUGAACGGCAAUAUGAAUGGUGAAUACUAUGACGAUGAAGUAGAUGAAAUUUCUGGAAUCACAGCGCAGGCUGAAAUUAAUGACCAAACUGGAAACGUUCGCAGUCAAUCCGGAACCAAGACGCCGGUUCCGAAACUAGCUACUCCUUUAACUACCGGAAGAACAGCUGUCCUAAAUCGGGAGACAAGCACGGAAAAGUCUAGUAAACUGAUUCGUGCAGUGUCAAUUUCAAGUUUAUCCAGUUCUUCAAACACAUUGUCUUGUACUUACGGAGAGGAAGAGGAGUUUGUGUAAAUCUCGUCUGUCUUAUUUGCAUGAUAAUUUAUCUGUGAUAUUGUGGACGUUUCUGUGUGCCUAAUGCGAGGGUCCAUUUUUUUUAUUACCUUUUUUGUCAGAUUAGGGAGUUUACAUUACUGUAGGCAUAUAGAGGUCAUUAAAUUGCUUUUUGUACUUUGUUUAGAGGAAUGUUUUGGGUUAUUUAAAUAUCUUCUUGCAAUAUUCAUAAGAUUCUGACAGAAGACUAACUUAAGGCCAUUUAUCUUGCGUUUUUUGUAUUUUAUUUAGUUAGCACAUUCCAGCAAUCAUUCCAUGAUGUCAGACCAGACGAUCACCCAGUGGCUCAAUUCAGGUUUUUAUCCCACCCCGUCUUACCGCUUAAUGGCGUGUCUUACUUUACGUUCAAAGCAGUAUUCGAACGAAAUUCUUAAACUAAUCUUUUCUGUUGUAAUGGCUACAAAUGUUGAUAUAAACUACCAUGUUUAAAUGUGUUUUGUGCCAAAUACAUCCUCAGUUCUGUCCAAUCAGCAUUUGCAAACAUUGUCACGUGAGAGAGCGUACGUCACGAGCGCAGUAGAUGCAGCACACGAAGUCGUCCAUUUAAAAAAAAUUGUCUGUGAUCAUCAUGCUUAUUUAUGUCUUAUUUAUUUGAAAUGGAAAUAUUACAUGCGAUAAAAUUAAGAAAAAUUCA